GUAUUAGAUUUAUGAAAGCUGGUCUGAGUGUUUUUGGGAGCUGUCGCCGCAAGACCACUUAGGAUACGAGUGAGUAACGGUACACGUAUUCAGUAGCCACUUUAAUGGUGUCAGAAGUGACCACGAACUCUGGUGUCUCACGGUUUCGUUGGUAAAUUGUUAGAAAAAAACAGUUAAGUGACAGGUGGACUACGUGUGUGUGGCAGACGACAGAUUCGUUCUUACGGGAGAUUUUGUAAACACGGCCGUGACUGAAAUCAACGGGACAAUCCCAGGAUAACUCGUAACAAUAUAGAAAAAGAUAUCGUCCAGUUUUGAAGAUCACGGUCAGAUACUCUAGAUGUCAUCUCGUAUUGUUAGUGUAAUACAAUCCCCACCAGGGAAAAAGAAACAGUUUCCUGUUACCAAUAAUGUGCUUCAUAAAGAAAAUCUGGUGUCCAUGUUUUUUGGAGCAACUGGUCUGGAAUACUGCCUGGAUGGAGUUUGGAAGGCAGUUGAUAUGACUGAAGAUAUGUUUAACUUGCCCUCUGAUGUUUCUGAAUUUGAGGUUGUCAGCAAUGUCUAUGACAUCGAUGGACAUAGCCAUAAAAAGUUCAAAGAAAGCGAGAUUACCAAGAUCUCGAGGCGGACACCAGUCAGACAUUUAGCUGUUAUCAUUGGUAACUCUGACUUCGGUCGUGAACCUCUGCCUGGGGCAACAACAGAUCUCAAUGUAAUGACAGAGAUAUUUUCUAUGCCGCCUUUCAACUAUACAAUAUUGAAGUGCUCAAAUUUGACUGUACAACAAAUGAAAGAGGUUGUCAAAGAUGCAGUAGCUGUAGGUAGAAGUGCUCAGAACUUGCAAUCCUUCCUUUUUUCUGUGUCCACACAUGGAUUUGUUUCACAAGGACAGCAAAUGUUUAGAGGUGUUAGCUAUUACAAUUCAGUGAGUCUUCUAGAUCUGAUGACUCCAAUUCUAGCACUGCCUUCACCUAAAGUAUUUCUUGUCAAUGCUUGCAGAUACUCUGGUUUUGAAGAAAAUGUUCCACCAGACCCAGGUGUAGAAGUCAAAGUUACAGGUGAAUCAACUAUGCCUCCAGGAGGAGUUGGGGAUGGUGAUACACCUAUGCGAUCAGGAGAUCAAAUUGUACCAUUGCCUUCACUGACAAACAAUAUCAAUAUGGACAGUUAUUUGCAACUCUGUCCAACUAAUUGCCUCAUAGUCUAUGGGUGUCUUGCAGGAGAAGGAACCUAUGAUUUUGUACCAUCUGAACCUCAAGAAACAAGACGUAUCAGCUGGCUUGUAUGCAGUCUGAAGAAGGUAUGGGAAAGUAUGAGAACACAGGACACAGUUGAUAUGCUUGAUCUGUUCACACAGGCCAAUGGCUACUGUUCUCGCAAAUUAGAAGCAGCUGGUAGAAAGUAUACUUUUGUGCUGGAACACAGACUAACUUCAGUAGAAGGACUCUGCUUCUCCCAACAGAAACUGAAUUAAACUUUUGAUAGUGGAAGUAGAACUUCAUAUUCUGAACAGGUCAAAUAAUGUAAGGAAUGUAGAAGCAAAUUUGAUUCCAUUGUUAUGAAAAUAAGGUGGAGUGGGAAACAAUUUUUCCUAUGAAGAUACUGAUAAAUCAUAUAUCAAUAUUCAUGGAACUCGAACUGAGCUUUUGCUGUCAACUUCUUUUACUAAUUUCUGGCCUAGUUUCAUGACAUAAGGCUUUUAGAUACCUUUGAUGAAGUCUGACAAAGUUUGUAAAUAGAAAUGACCAUGACACAUAUCUAAGAUCGCCUAGGUCAAAUUUGCUAUUUUAAUUAACAAACAAAGACAGUGAUUUAAACAGCCAGACCAUCUGAUGAUGGUUGGCUAAAUACAAGACAGGAACACACACCUAACAAGUGUUGAUUUAAUUAUCAACGGGUGGAUGAUUUCAAGUCUUGAUGGACUUUGAAAAUGUUUUUAAGACUAUAUAAUGAAAAUUAUGCAUGUUUAUAGAUUAAAUUUGUAUCCACACCUAGAAAAACAUGUAAAAAUCUAUUAACUUGGUGUCCCAUUAACCUUUUGUAUUCCCAAGCCAUAUCAUGGGAGAUAAUUAUUAAAUCAUACUUAUGUUAAUAUGACUUUUUAAAAUACUGGAAUAAAAAUGUUUUACAUUUAAUAUAUAAUAAAUGUGUUUUUAUUAAAAUACUUGAAUAAAAAUGUUUUACA